AUGGCUCUAUCAGUGACGGCCGACUUACAGCAGAUGUCUCUACUGUGUCGACUUGUGAAAUCUGUGAGAGCAAAUUUCCACCUUGCAGAUGCCUCCCGAAGAAAUGUUCCUAAAUCUCUCCAAACUAAUGAAGGAUGCGAGUGCACAGAUGAUUACUCUGGCGCAGGUGGCAGCACAACAUACGUAACAGGUUCACAGAAUAGCCUCCACAGGUUGCUUCUUGAUCUUCCACGAGAAUUAAUCCUCAGCAUUGCGCACUUUUUGGAUAAGGAAUCACAAGUCCUUCUGAGUCUCUCUUGCAAGCAGUUUCGUGACAUUUUGAGCUUUGACCUCGAUUUGGCGUUUGUUGAUCGUGCUACGAAAAUACGAUUCCUCCAAAUUCUUGAGCUAGAUUACCCAGAGUAUCUGACCUGCCGCUCGUGUGCCAUGCUUUAUCGAUGGAGAGUGAUACCUUCAUUUUAUGUUUGGUGUCCGCGCGACGGCCAACACUCGCUCGAAGACCGGAUAUCGUCGCCCAGCUGGUACAUGAAAGCAGGGUUGAACAGUGUCUGGAUACAGCAGGAAAUCAUUGACCUGAUCCACCGGGCCCAUGAGUAUGGCCAGAAGCAUGGUCUACCUUUGUCUUAUUUGAAUACAGAGGGAGUCGACUAUCGUGGAGUCUCACAUACGAGUGAGGCACGGAUCGUGGAUGGUCAACUGAUUCUUGCCAAACGAAUGGAAGUGGUGGUGAUGCCAGGCACAGAUAUGGCGCAGAUGUCGUUCCCCUUCAGCAUGGCUUGUUGCGACCACGUGUUCAUAACCCUCGGAAAACCGGGCCAAAGCAGUAUCUGGCAGAAAAUCGAGUCAGCGGUCGCAUCCUUGUCAUCUCUAAGAACAGCUGAGUUAUUCAAAUGUUCGUUCUGUGAGACUGAUUGCGAGUUGUUCGCCAUCAAGGUUGAGGAAGGCCGGAUGCAGAUCGUCAUGAACAUCUGGAGAAACUACGGAGGCCGACAUGAGAAAAUACCUUCGACCAAGCAACACGGGCAUCUGAACCCUCAGCCACUCGACGCGGAAACAGUCUCCCAGAGGAACUUGCAAGCGCUUUUUGAGGCUCAAGGGGGAGAGGUUAAAAGCAUAAACACUAAUGAUGAAUAG